GGAGGCCGCGGCGCGCAGCCGGGUGCGACGGUUCUCCCCCGGGCCAGGCCCACCAGACCCCCACCCCGCCUGACCCCACGGCCGAGGCGUCGCCAGCACUGUCCCCCUCCUGGGCCGCUGGCGGGACGGCGCUGGGGCCCUCAGAGCCUGGCAUGCUGACCCCAGCCUCCUCCCCCAGCACCAGGGGUGACCUCCUGCGUGGGUCCUGCCUGAGUCCCCCAUGGCUAGGGACACCCCCGGGGCCCUGGGCAGGACUUCCCUUGUAGCCUGCUUGCCCACCUCCCACUCCCUCGCUCCCCGCCCCUGUGGGAGGCCCCUGUGAACAUGGUCAUUGGUCUGGGCACAGGACUGUGCAGUCGGUCUGGGACAGCGUGUCCUGGGAGUAAGCCCAAGGCCAGUUGUGGCCAGCCCUGGAGAGACAGCCAGGGCAGGCCAGCAGCAGGAGGCCAGGCCGGGCUGGGAGGAGGUCUCUGGCCUGGAGACAGAGUCCCUGGUUCUCUUUUACCCUAUCCAUCGCCUUGUUUUGGGCAACCGGGCUGUGACUGCCCCCAGAGAGCAGGCGCCCAGCGGCCAGGGGUCGGUCCAGCGGCAGAUGUCGCCCCCCCGCCCAGGCUCCUCCUGCUUGCUGUGCUCCUGCUGCUGCUGUGUGGGGCCACGGCCAGCUGUGUCCGCUUCUGCUGUCUCCGGAAGCGGGCGCACGCCCAGCCACACCUGCCAUCAGCACCUGAGUCCUGCGACCUGACAGCCAUCCCCGCGGACAGCGACAGCCCCAUGCACAGCACUGUGUCAUCCUACAGCUCUGUGCAGUACCCGCUGGGCAUGCGGCUGCCCCUGCCCUUGGGGGAGCUGGACCUCGACUCUGUGACCCCUCCCGCCUACAGCCUGUAUGCCCCUGAGCUGCCGCCCUCCUACGAUGAGGCCGUCAAGAUGGCUAAAACCAGACAGGAAGAGCCACCCCCCUCCCAGUAGCCCAGCCCCCUCCCUGAGGCCUCAUGCCUAGAGACCCCUCCAGGGCCCCAGGGGUGGGGCCGCAAUGCCCAACACCCCUGGCUGUAGCCCUGGUGCCCCCCCGGAGGGGGCAGAAAAGCUCUCCCGAGCCUCCCGAUGCCACCAGCCACUCUGUGCUCACAGGGGACUGUGCAAGGGCACCCCAGCCCACCCUCACCAUCCUUCCCGCCCGGGAAGGCCAGCCGUCCGGCACAUUGCUGCAGCCCUGGCCUCGUUGCUAUGUAACGCUGGGCAUCUGAGCCAGCCGGCACUGUGUUGGCCACACACACACACAGACACACACACACACACACACACACACACACACACACACACACGCUGCCUCGUUCAACCCUGGCCCCUGGCUCAGGCCCAGCAGGCCCUCAGUCCAGAUGAGGCCCCACAGACCCAAGCCUCAGGGCUCAGAGCCUGCUGUGAUGUCUACAGCUUUUUGGAGAGAGAGAGAAUAAAGUUUCUAUCUAAGUGA